AUGGCUGUUAUCAACGAUGGAGCCCUGAAGAAAAUGCUCAAGCAAUAUAAAUACAGAGACUUGACUGUUCGUGAGAUUACUAAUGUCAUCUCCAAUUACAAAGACCUGAAGCCGGUCAUGGAUGCAUAUGUGUUUAACGAUGGUUCAUCAAGAGAUUUAAUGAGUUUGACUGGAACAGUUCCAGUGAGUUACAGAGGAAAUGUUUACAACAUCCCAGUUUGUUUGUGGUUGCUGGAUACAUACCCCUUCAACCCUCCCAUUUGUUUUGUCAAACCCACAAGUGCAAUGAUGAUUAAAACUGGAAAGCACAUUGAUGCCAAUGGAAAGAUCUACCUGCCUUAUCUUCAUGAAUGGAAGCAUCCUCAGUCAGACCUCUAUGGGCUAAUACAAGUGAUGAUUGUGGUGUUUGGAGAGGAACCUCCAGUGUUUUCACGUCCCACCACACAGGCGCCAUACCAGGCCUUUCAAGCUGCUGGACCUCCUAACCCUUCCUACAUGCCCGGAAUGCCUGCUGUCUCACCUUAUGGCCCAAAUCCCAAUCCAGGAGGCUAUCCAGGCUACCAGUAUCCAGGAGGAAACUCAUAUCCAGCCUCAGCGGGCCAAGGACAUUACCCCACUCAGCCCCCAGCCUCAACUGUUGGCCCAAACAGAGAUGGCACGAUCGGAGAAGACACGAUCCGUGCGUCUCUGAUCUCUGCCGUGAGUGACAAGCUUCGUUGGAGGAUGAAGGAGGAAAUGGACAGAGCUCAGGCCGAACUCGAUGCUUUGAAAAGAACAGAGGAGGACCUAAAAAAGGGCCAUCAAAAACUUGAAGAAAUGGUCUCAAGACUUGAUCAGGAAGUGGCCGAGGUAGACAGAAACAUCGAGCUGCUGAAGAGAAAAGACGAGGAGCUAACAGAGGCCUUAGAGAAGAUGGAGAAUCAGUCAGAAAACAACGACAUCGAUGACGUCAUUGUCCCCACCGCCCCACUGUACAAACAGAUCCUGAAUCUCUACGCCGAAGAGAAUGCCAUAGAAGACACCAUUUUCUACCUGGGAGAGGCUCUGCGCAGAGGCGUCAUAGACCUGGAGGUUUUCCUCAAGCACGUCAGACUUCUUUCCCGAAAACAGUUCCAGCUCCGUGCCCUUAUGCAGAAAGCAAGAAAGACAGCAGGCCUCAGUGAUCUCUACUGA